CUCUCCAGUCUCAGUCCACCAAAUCCAAAUACAUACAUCCAUUCCAUGUUGUCUAGCACGUCUGCCAUCAUUCAACUGGCCAAAGCACCCUUCAAACGUGCCCAACGUGGUCUCUUUGGAGGCAAACAGAUCCAAUUUGGCAACAACGUUCCUCACUCCAAGACCAAAACCCGACGUACAUGGCUUCCGAAUGUUCAGACAAAGCGUCUCUUCUCUGAGGUGCUGAAUGAUUGGAUCAAACUCAACAUGACCACCUCUGUCAUCCGUACAGUGGAUAAGAAAGGAGGUCUUGAUCGCUACUUGCUCGAAACCCGUCCUGAUCUGUUGGGUGCUAAGGGAAUGGAGCUCAGAGGCAAGGUUGUAGAAGCAAUGAAGGCUAAACAGGCAAAAAAGGCAUUGAAAAAUUUUGCAGAACGAGGCCAGAAGAACUCGACCACGUUGUCUACUGAAGCACAGGAAGCAGUCAGAGCCGUAUCACCAUCUCCAUCAUCGACUGUCGUCAAUCCUACAUCAACAACUAGUGUAGCGCCAUCACAAACAAGCACCACUUUAUAAAAGGAUUUUAUUUUCUUUUCCCUCUUUUUUGUCUUUCUUUUUCCUUUGAUUUUCUUUUGGAUUGUUGGGAACUACCGAAAGCUCCCGGGUUUGAUUUUCUAGGUGCAAGGACGAGAGAAAUCGCUUGAAAAACCUCCGCAGC